CUUAUCAUCUUGCCGAUGCAAACACUAACUAGUAGGGCAUUGAGAGACCCAAAACUUGCCUACUGCAAAUAAGAACACGCAAAGAGAUUUUACUGAACAGCGCCCAAGUUGCUUUGGUAACGGAUUCGACUGGCUGCCUUUCGUAUUUUAUAAAUGCAGAUGUUUAGACUUUUAUAAAUAUUUUGAAAUCGCACAGAAUUAAUAAGUUUCCUCUUCGUACGAUAUCCGGUGUGAAACUUGAGAUGAAUGUUGUGGGAGAGUGUGUUCGUCGUACUGUGGUUGGGGCGGCGUGUCGAAUACAGACACUAUUAUCGGCGCAAUUAUUUCCUUUGCCAUCAUAAUCAUCGGGAAAUAUCUUUUUGGUGUCCAGCGUUAAGUGAGAAUGCCGCCAAAAGAACUACCUGAAAAGCAACAAGAGAAGCCCACCACAAGCCAAAGCCAAACAAAUGAGUCUCAGGAGUCACCGAAGAGGCCUCUUCAUAAGCCAACUACAAGCCAGAGCCAAACAAGUGAGUCGACAGAGCCGCCAAUAAAGCCACAAAACAUUAGCAGCAAAAACCAGAGCCAAAAACUUGAGUCACCAGAGCGACCGAAUAGGCUACUACACAAGCUUACUAUAAGUAAAAGCCAAACAAGCGGGUCGACGGAGCCACCAGCAAAGCCACAAAAAAUUUUCCCUGUAAGCCAGAGCCAAACACAUAAGUCGACGACGAGCGGAUGGCCGAUAACCAGGGAUGAGUUUCUCAUGUGGUUCUGGGACACUGCUAAUAGUAAUCAAUUGAUUUUAGACCUAAACAGAUAUGCUAGCUCUAAGGGUCGGAAAGAACGCAUUCGCCUAGAGAUAUACAGACCUGUCAUUUAUGCCAUUGUCCUUCACGAUGGUUCUUUUCCAUUCAAAGCAAAAGAUGAAAAUGUUGAAAACGGAACGGAAGAGCAGUGGAAGUUGUGCAAAGUUGGAUUUACACAAAGGAGUGUAAACAAUAAGAUGAAGGAGGUAAGAGACCAGAUAAAGAAGACUUACAAGCCGAAGAACUGGGAAGAGGCGACGACAUCUACACUGUUCGCAUUACCAUUCAGUGCGAUUGACACCAACUUGCAUCAUGACACAGAAAAGAGAAUACGGGAAAAGCUUGGGAAAAGUGUAAAAAAGGAGAAAGCUGUGGAAUUAGAUUUGCCUGUUACUACAGAAUGGGUUCUGACGACACAGAAUCACAUUGACGAUAUCAUGACAUUGAUUGAGAAACGUCGUAGCGAGGGGCUUGAGGCUGAUUUAGAUAUAUUCAAAGAAAUUAAAGUUGUCCCAGUGCCUCCUAAGAAAGAACAAAAGAAAUGGUUGAAGGAGCAAGUAUAAGCUCCUCCGCCGAAGAACGACCAUCCUCCUCCAGGCUACAGUCAGCUUCCUCCUGGUUUCAGUCAGGCUCCUCCACCUUACUCAAGCAAUCCACCACUACCAAAUCAAUAUCCUGCACCUCCAGGACAAGCUCAAGCGGCGCCGAUGCCGGCUGCAUCUAACGCUCGACAACCGAACAAGUUCUAA